AUGGAUCGAAUGAGCCUAGAAAAUAACAAUACGCCGAUGGCAAGGUCGGACUACCAUACGAUGAAUUCUGAAUUGAACUACACGUUGAUGGACUCGUCCAUAAACCAUUCGUCAAUUCUGGACAGUUCUAUGCGGAUUGAAAAAGACAACAAAGAAAGGAGAUUACAAAAGUUAAAUGAAAAUAUCAUAAGUGAAUACGAAUCGGGUAGACAAAGCGUAGUUUUCACACAACAGAAGUAUAAGCAGCUGCUCGAUGGAUUCCUGCUAUUUGUUCAGACAAAUAAAUACAUCCAUCAGAAGAUAACAGAACUGAGAGCAGAAGCAACGGACGAAUAUAACAGAAUGCAAGAUAAAAACAUCCCUAACAUAAUCAUCCACCAACGAUUAAUUUGUAACAUCAACAAUUUUCAAACGGGCAAUGAUGAAUUUGAAUUACUUGGCAAGUGUUUAAUAAAAGAACCUUAUUUGGCUCUUCCAGCUUACCAGGCAGCAAUCAAAGAGUUGUGGAAAUCGCAUGAUAGCAAAAUAGAUAUUGAUGCCCCCAAAAUUGGUAUUUGCGGUUGGCUAGGUAGACACCAUGUGACGCCAAGAGGAUUACAAAGCUCGAUGAUUAACAAGCUAGUGGCAGUAGAAGGAGUGGUUAACAAAUGUUCCACUGUCCAACCCAAACUCGUCCAGUCAGUGUACAUAGGAGAAGCAGUGCAUGACAUCAAUGCUGAUAUUCGAAGCGACGAAAAAACUGUCCAUUUGAGACCCCAUUAUGAUAUUACCGAUUUUGAUAAAACAGCAAAAGAUUCGGGAAGACCACCUGUUUCAGAUCCUGAGGGGAAAAUUAUGCAUAGACACGAAAUAGGAUUGUGCAAAUAUAAAAAUCACCAAAAAUUUGUCAUACAGGAAACUCCAGAAGAUGCUCCAACAGGACAGAUGCCUAGAUGGGUAGAAGUAAUCGUAGAAGACGACCUAUGUGAUAUUGUCAAGUGUGGAGAUAGAGUAAGAGUUUGGGGGGUCUAUCGAGCUAGUUGUGGACAAGCUAACAGCACAAACAGUGGCUUAGGAAGAUCCUUUCUAAUUGCAAACAACGUGCUGAUCAAAAAUAAAGAAACAUAUGAUACCAAUUUGUUCAUAUCAGAAGCGGAUAAAAAAAAUUUCCACGCUUUUGCUAAGAAGGAAAAUACAAUAGAUGUACUGGGCUACUCCUUUGCCCCAUCUAUAUGUGGUCAAGACAUUGUAAAAAAAGGGAUUGUUUUAAUGUUAGCUGGUGGAACAGAGCGCGCAUUGCCAUCUCAUCACAUCAGAGGAGACAUACACAUUAUGCUGGUAGGUGAUCCAAGUUGUGGAAAAUCGCAGUUGUUACGCUACGUCAUGAGUAUCAUGCCAGGAACUGUUUCGGCCACAGGAAGGGGAUCAUCAGGAGUUGGAUUAACAGCUGCUAUCGUUACGGAUCAAGAUACCGGCGAGAGAGUAGUCGAAGGAGGUGCUAUGGUUAUGGGAGACAGAAGAGUUGUAUGCAUUGACGAAUUUGAUAAAAUGCAACACACAGAUAGAGUAGCAAUUCACGAAGUUAUGGAACAACAAACUGUUACCGUUGCCAAGGCAGGAAUUCAUACCACACUAAAUGCAAGAUGUACAGUAUUAGCAGCUGCCAAUCCAUUGUAUGGGUGCUGGAAUGAUACACUCGAUAUGGGUCAACAGUUGCAAUUUGAGCCAUCCCUACUCUCCCGUUUUGACCUCAUCUUUCUAGUAAGAGAUAGUGCCACUGAAAAAGACGAUGAACGAAUUGCAGAUUCAGUUUUGCGAAAUGUCACAGAAAAGGCAAAACCAAUUAUGAGCGAAAACAGAAAUAAUCACAAAAAUUUUGUCAUUCAAGCAGAUAGCUACGAUAUUAACCCUAAGGCACAACACAUUAGUGUGUACAACGAGAGAGAAGUAAAUAAAAAUAAUGACAACAAUCAAGAAAAUGAAGAAUACGAAACACCAAUUUUUGCCAACAGAGAUGAAAUGAUCUAUUAUGAUAAAAAUGGAAUUGAACAUGAAAUUUUAACUGUCCCAUUUUUUAAAAAAUAUUUGCAUUAUGUUAAAAAUAUUUUCUAUCAAGAAAAGCAGAGAACUGAUGGAUGGAAACCAUACCCAGAGGUCAGUGACGAAGCAUGUGAAGUUAUUACCGAGUUGUAUGCAGAUUUGAGAGAAAAAGCAGCCAAAUAUUCACACAACAAAAUUAUCCAGGGGGUUACUCCCAGAACCUUGGAAGCCAUCAUUCGAAUCGCCUCAUCACAUGCUAAAUUGAAAUUGAACAGAUAUGUCACAAGUGUGGAUGUCAAUUAUGCUAAGAAACUUCUAAUGUACACCCUCUUUGGGGAGGAAAUUCACGACCUUGAGGAGCAAGAGCAGGACGAUAUCGAUGAGGAGGACGAAGAAGCAUAUGGAGAAGAAGACGGAGCUUAUGAUGAGGAUGAUGAUGAUGAUGAGGAAGUUAUUAAACUUUUCAAAAAGGGACACAAAUCAACUAAAAAGAAAGCAACAAAGAAGAGAAAGGGACAAAAGAAUGAAACAGCAAAUAAAAAGAAAAAGAGAAAAGGUGCAACGCAGGAUAACGAUGGAGAAACGUUUAUGAUAGACGAUGCCCAGAAGGCAAGUGAUAAGUCAUCACCCUUGGAUGUUAAAGAAAUAGAACGUCUCAUCGUAGAAAACGUCACCCUGAAUGACCCCGGAGAUGGCCUGCGAGACGAGGAGCUCUUGGACUUGAUCAUCCUUGGGAACAAGCACAAAAUGCCCCAACUGGCAAAACUGGACAUCAGCACAUUGCGCAAAAUUAUCAACUCGCUGAACGAAAUGGACGGGGCGCCAAUUUACUACGUGAAGAAGGACAAAAUUGUGUACAAGUGUUGA